GCAGAACCUUGGGCCAUUGUUCAGGUAUCGGAAGAUCACGUUCGUGCUCAUCAUCGGUCAUCAAGCUCGGGAAAUCUACAGGCGAUGUCUACAAUGAGCAGAACUUGUAUACAUCUGAAAUUCACACAUCAUCUUGCAAGGAUAUCCCACGGGCUUAUUUAUACUUGAACUUUCUGUGCAUAGGCCCCGUGGGAUAUGAUGCUUUGCCGAUUGGUUGCCUAAGCAAUUCUACAAAUGCCACAAUUGCUACAUCCCAUGGAUCACCAGAAGAAUUUGAAUAUUAUGGUUGCAAGAUUAUAGGCAGUUCCCUGUUCCCAGUCAUGUAUCUGGGUCAGUUCGAGUAUCGAGGAAUUAAUGAUGAUCUUUCAUUGCAUUGGAACGUUUCUGAUUGCAAAGAUUGUGAUCCACAAUCUCCUCCUCAAGAAACAGGUGAGUCGAGAUUGAUAACAUAUUUGAAAUCGCCACUCUUUAUUCUAUCAUUUCUUCUACUCGUGCUACUCCUGUUACCAUGUUGGGUGCGUUUGAUCAAGAUGAGAGUACGAAGAAAUGAGGCCAACGCAAGUGCUGAUCACAACUCUACCGCUACUGCUGCUUUGUCUCAAUCCACCAUACCAACCAUAUUGCCGCAGCCCAUGCUGCAGCCAGGCCCAGUGAUAUUGGGCCUUGAUGACUCCAAAAUAAAAUCCUACACAGAAUUGGUAGUUGUUGAGGAAAACCAAAGCAUUUCAGGAAAAGGGAAUAGUUCUUGUGUAAUAUGCCUCGAAGCAUACAAUCCCGAAGAGAAAGUAAGACGUAUAGCUAAAUGUGCGCAUUUCUUCCACAAUGACUGCAUUGUUUUGUGGUUAAAAAAGAGCAGAACUUGUCCAGUUUGUAGAACUCCACUUUCUGAUGUCAAAAUUUGACCUAAUUAUUCAGGUCUUUUUUGUUCAAAAAAACUGCAGUUUUUUU